AUGGAGACAGAACUCAAAAGCGCCGUAGAGGCGACGAGCGAGGCCAAUUCGACCAAUGUCUCCGAAAAAGAUGUUGAUCGCGCGUUGUUGCGAAAGAUUGAUUGGCGCGUGAUGCCAGUAUACUGGGACAAAGGCUUGCUUGGCCAAGCAGCUGUAUUUGGCCUGCGAACGGACCUUGGCUUGACUCAGGGCAAAUCUUACUCUUGGGUGUCCGUGGUAUUCUACUUUGGUCAUAUAGCCGGCAUGUAUCCCGGCUCCCUACUAGCACAGCGGUUCCAUCCCAAGCGCACCUGUUCCAUUCUGGCUAUCGUCUGGUCCAUCAUCAUGCUCACCACGCCAGCAUGCACGUCUUAUGCUGGUAUCAUUGCCAAUCGCUUCUUCCUCGGUGUGGUCGAGGCAGGCGUUAACCCUGUCUUCAUGCUCAUUGUUGGUACAUGGUACACACAUUCGGAGCAGGUCUUACGAUCCAGUAUCUGGUAUUCCUUCAGCGGAGGCUCGUUGUUAAUCUCUCCGGUCAUCAACUUCGGACUUGCCCACAUCCACAGCAGUCGAUUGAACCCAUGGCAGAUGAUGUAUUUAUUCGCAGGAGGUAUUUCUUUCCUUUGGGGCAUUGCAUUGCUUUGGGUAUUCCCGGAUACCCCACAGCGUGCCAAGGGCUUCACGGAGAACGAGAGAGAGCUCAUCGUCGAGCGCACGCGCGUUAACAACGCAGGCACCGAAAACAAAGACAUAAAGUUCUAUCAGACCAGGGAGGCUCUUCUCGAGGUCCAGUUCUGGGGAAUUCUCGUGCUGUCCCUGUUGAGCUGCACAGGUUCGGCUGUUGUCACGCAGUUUGCUUCUAUUGUGUUUAACGGACUGGGUUUCGACGCUUAUACCUCGCUCUUGCUUAACCUCCCGACCGGUGCGAUGGCUUUCAUUUGUGUCCUAGGCUCAGGAUACCUUGGACGACACUGGAAAAACUCACGGUUCUUCAUCAUCUCAUUAUCUUGCCUACCGGUCAUUCUUGGCUGUUCUCUUCUCUGGAAACUCGACAACAGUAGAGGUGGGAAAAUCUUCGCCUUCUAUUUGCUCAACUUUUUCUCGUCUGCCUGGGUCCAAUGCAUCGGUCUGGGCACCUCAAAUACGGGUGGUUAUACAAAGAAGGCUGUGUAUGCCUCCGGAACCUUUAUUGGUUACUCGCUAGGCAACAUUACGGGCUCUUUGCUCUUCGACCAGAAAUUUGCUCCCAAAUUCGGCCAGAGCUUCACAGGUGUUUUGAUCUGCUUUGUGAUUUGCUUCUUCCUCGCGCAGGUAGUCCGUUUUGUGCUUGAGAGAGAGAACAAGGAGCGGACAAGGAUUCAUGGACCGCCCACUUUUGAGAAGGGCCUCGAUGACUUGUCGGACAGGGAGAAUAUGUCAUUUAGAUACGCACUAUGA